CAUAGACUAAGAAUAAAAGCAACACACUUAAAUUGGAGCGGAGUGGCUAGUUUAUUUCCUGGGAUUGUGUGUGUAUGUAUAUGUGUCUGCCUCUUCGCGUUCUUUUUAUUUUAUUGCUAAAUGAUAUACAUUGAUCUUUUGUAUAAAUAAAAAACAACAUUUGUUGUUGUUGAUUACAUUGAAUUUUUGUUUUUACCCAUGUUUUUGUUUUUGUUUUGUUUGGAUUUUGUAUCGUUUGCAAAUUUUAGGCUCUUGUUUUUUUUUUUUUUUUUUUUUUUUUUUGUGGGUCUCUUUCUAUUUCCUCUUCUUUGCUAUUCACUGAGGUAAACUUUCACUUUCUUUACUCGUGUGUGUCCCUAUUCUAUUUGGUAAUAGAUAGUUUAUUUCUUGGGAUUACUCGUCUGUCUGCGCGUUUUUUUUGUUGCUAAAUGAUAUACAUUCCUCCCAAGAGAGUAGUAAGUUGUGCAUACACUUUACACUUCCAGACUAACUUGUGGACUACAUUGAGUAUGUUGCUGUUGUUGUUUAUAUACAUUGAUUUUUUUGUUUAUACCCAUGUUUUUGUUUUGUUUGGAUUUAGUACGUUUGCAAAAUUUAGGCUUCUGUUUAUUUAUUAAAAGUAGCAGCGGAGGCAAGAUUUUAACUAAGAUUCAAAAAUACAAAGAAGCAAAAACACGAAAGAGUCGAGAGAUUCAACAUUUAUUGUAUGUACGUAAAAAUAAUUUGUACACUCUACCCAUCCCCAAACCCCACUUGUGGGAUUACACUGGGUAUUGCGUUGUUGUUGUUAUUGAUAUACAUUUUUUUGUUUUGUUUAUUACAAUGUUUUUGUUUUGGUUAGAUUUUGUAUUGUUUGCAAAUUUUAAGCUUCUGUUUAUUUAUUAAAGUUAGUGGCGGAGUUAAGAGUUUAACUCAGAUUCAUAAAUACCAAGAAGCAAAAACACGAAAAAGUCGAGAGAUUCAACAUUUAUUAUAUGUACGUAAAAAUAAUUAUGUACACUCUACCCUUGCCCAAACCCUAGUUGUGGGAUUACAUUGUGUAUGUUGUAGUUGUUGUUGUUAUUGAUUUAGAUUGCUUUUUUGUUUAUUUUCAUGUUUUUGUUUUGGUUGGAUUUUGUAUCGUUUACAAAUUUUAGGCUUCUGUUUAUUUAUCAAAGGUAGCGGCGGAGGCAAGAUUUUCACUAAGAUUCAAAAUAUAAAAAAGUAAAAAACACAAAGAAGUCUAGAGAUUAAACAUUUGUUUUAUGUGCAUAAAAAAUAAUGUUGAUCUUGAAUAUACGAAUUAAUUUUUGUACCCCUCGCACAGUCCUUUUUCCCAUUUGAUGACAAGGAGUUAUCUUCAAAAGGUGCUAGUUGGCCUUUAUGGGAUUUAAUUUAUAGAUUUCUUCAUUUCCUUUUGGGUAUUGUUUACAUCUUGAGUUCUUGGAUUUUAGUUUUUUAUUCGUCGUUUGAGUAUGUAAACCUCGAAUGAAAAGCUUUUUGAAGUAUCUUCGACGAAUUUGCACUUGAACGUGUGGCUUGCCAAUGAAGUAGGUGGAAACCAUGGUAUACCAGGAUUCGGAGUUACCCGAUACAUGUGCUGAUAGAAAGUAGUAGGUACUCAAGGAAUAGUCGAGGUGUGCACAUGCUGAUCCGAACACCCCUUUAUAAAAAAAGCAUCGUUGACGGACUUAGCGGCUGGAGUUUUCAGAAGGAUACCUGCACUUCACAUAGAUGGUGAAAUUUAUGAAGUUUAAUGAGUCUCUAUGUCUAUGAAUAGUUGGAAUUGGGGUGAAGUAGCAGUGAAUUUGUUGUCGUGAGCUGUUGAUUUGUUGGAGCUGAAUUCCAUUACAAUGGGGCGACCAGGAUUGAGAAACUGGGAUAUUUUUUAUGAAGCAAGACGUGGAAACAAAAAGGCAGAGACUGUUAGUGAUAAUAUUCGUUUCAUGCAAAAGAUUUCAAGCUCGGAUAAUGUCGAUGAAGAUUAUUUCGAGUUUUUGAAGCAUCUCUAUAACUAUGAUAUAGAUUCUCAGUCAUACACAAAUGAAUAUGGAAAUGAUGGCAGCUAUUAUGAGGUUGAAGUUGAGUAUGAGGACGAGGAUGAAGCUGACCCGCAGUACAAGAUGUUUUUGGCUAAUGCUAAGCCAGAUGGGAAGUCAUAUGUGCUUAACGCUGAGACAGAGGACGGGUUACCUGUGUCCAUAAAGUAUGAAAAAGAGUGUGACUGUGAUGAUGAGCGUGUAUGUGCCUGUUGGAAAAAAAAGAAAGAUAUAGAGAUGCAAAAGGAUGAGAAAAACUCGCAUCCUACUCGUCGCAAAGUUGAGGUAAAAAAACGGAGAAUGUCAACAGCUAGAUCCAUGGGAGAUGUGGAUGUGAUAUUUGAGCCUUCCGAUCCAACUUCUCAGAGGAAAAAUGGGACUAUGAGGCGGAAGAUUAGCACGGGAAAACGUGGUCCAUCCAAGAGACAACGCAAGAGUGAGACUAAGAUAAAGUCGGGUAAGGAGAAGAUGACAGAGAAAGGGAGUAAACCAGUUCAUGUCACAGGCAAAGAAGCAGCAUCUGAUGGACAGGGCAAGAGUGAGACUAAGAUAAAGUCGGGUGAGGAGAAGAUGAUGGGAAAAGGGAAGAAACCAGUUCAUGUCACAGGCAAAGAAGAAGCAUCUGAUGUAGGUGAAGAAUAUGUGUUACUCCUGGAGAAUCUUCAAAAUGAAAAUUGGAGCAUGAAAACCUCGUUAAGAAGUGGUUGCAAUAUUGAAUAUGAAGCUGCUGAAGAUGACCUUGAAAUCCUUUACGACAAUAGUGAUACGCUCGAGAAGUCCAAGUUCAGGCAGAAAGUCAUGGAUCUUCUGAAGAAGCCUUACAAUACAGAGGAGUACAAAGAGCUAUGGACAUAUGUCAACGAUAAAAAACCAGUGGAAAGGAAUAUGGAAACGCGUAGAGGGGGACUGAGCAGUUACAAGACAACGAAAAUGGGAAAAUCAUAUCUGGAACUCUAUGAAGACCUUAAGGAAAAGCUCAUUGAAUUUGAUAAUGACAAGAGGAAAAAGUUGAAGAUCAUGCGUGGCUUUACGUUUUGGUUACAGAAUGUCGUUCAUGGAGGAGCCUUCAAACCUUGGAAUGACAGAGAGUUUCUCGCGCUGGUGGCUGAAUCUACCUAGAAGUAAUGCACUUGCACUUCCAGUCUUACUUUUUUGAUUAAUCAUCUGAAGACUGGGCUGCAUUGAAUACAAAAUCAGUAUAUCAUACAGGGAAGCAAACUUAGUAGUGGAUCGUCUUGUGAAUUCUCUUCGAGGCUUUGGAACAAUUUUUUAUUUUUAUUUUUAAUUUUUGGUGAUCUUAUAAGUUCCCCCUCCUGUCCCUUUUCUCAAAAUCCCUGGGAAUUUAUACAUCUCAAACAAGGAUGUAAAUGGAGUUGAUAGCAGUGUGUAUGCAGAAGUUGGCAUCUUCACACACUUCAUACA